AUGUCAAGUAAAGUUCACCACUUCAAUAUUACCAAGUACUCCAUCUACAAGGAUAACCAAGCUUGGUUUCAUUAUCCCCAACGUUCUGAAAUUUCAAUCAAUUUCUUAACAUUAGAAGAUAUCUCAGAUGAAGUCAACGUCACCAUUUUAUGGAGAGGCACCACAAUUGAUAAAUUUAAGCUUUUCAUCACAGAAAAGUGUUAUACUUCCUUGCUUUCAAAAUGUCCUUGUCUUGGAGUCAAACAAUGUGAUGCUUAUGGUAGAAUUCUCAAACGAUUUCAAAUCAGUUUGGAGAAUGAACAAGCAUUUAAAGAAUGUCUUAAACUUCUAGAGAAUGAAUUUUUAUUUAGAAACGGAGCACCAAAGGGAGAUUCAGCUCACCCUUUAACAACCUCAGGAAGCCAACAAUUAUUUUCUAGUCAACAAUUGGUUGCAAGCCAACGUCCUGUUGCGAGUCAACAAUUGGUUGCAAGUCAACAUCCCGUUGCAAACCAACUGCAAAUCAUUGAUUAUACAAGCCAGUUAACAGAACCUCAAUCCAUAAUGCAUCGAGGAUAUACAAUGUAUCCGAAUCUUGUUCGAAAUUGUCAACCUGUCCAUACAUUUCCAACCUCCUCAAUAUAUGCAAGUCAACAAGAUCUUUCAUAUCCUUUGGAAACAUCAACAGCAAAACCAAUUCGCCAACCAAUCAACAUGUUCCCUUUGGAAUAUACCAAUUUGACCGAGAAAAUCGUUCUUCCACCUAAAGACCUAGACGACUUAAAAAAGUUGACCGAUAAUGAGCUACGUAGACUCAUCAGAAGCACAUUAGAAGACAAAGAAUUUGAAAAUUUCAUUCAUCGAUUAGAAAAUAUUAUAUCUGGUCUAUAA